CUGAGACAGCGUGUGGAGCUCCCACAGCCUCUGCCCACAGGUACCAUGAAGGUCUUCGCAGCUGCCCUGGCGGUCAUCCUCGCCACUGCCACCUUCUGCACUCCUGCAUCUGCCUCCCCAUAUGCCUCGGACACCACGCCCUGCUGCUUUGCCUACAUCUCCCGCCCACUGCCCCGCGCCCACAUCCAAGAGUAUUUCUACACCAGCAGCAAGUGCUCUAUACCAGCAGUCGUCUUUGUCACCCGAAAGAAGCGCCAGGUGUGUGCCAAUCCAGAGAAGAAAUGGGUGCGAGAGUACAUCAACACUUUGGAGAUGAGCUAGGAUUGGAGGGCAUCUCGAACCUGAACUUGUGCAAACUUUCUUGUUGCUUCUUGUUCUUGUCCUAACCUGCUUGGGAGGCUUCCCCCGAACCCCCUACUCCCACUCGCUCCUUGGAGGGCGCAGAUUCCAGCACACAGCAGCAGUUACAAAAGCCUCCCCCAUCCAAAGCCUCCAAGAGCUUCUGAGGCUCUGCCUCGUGCACAGGAAGUCUCUAGGCCUGAGCAUCAGGCCCCUCGGCUCGCCUAUGGUUCUGUGAUCAGGAAGGAAGUCAGCAUGCCUCUGGAGGUGAAGAGGGGAGAAAGGUUGGACUCCUAUGGAAAUGUCCCAUGGCCAAAGCUCCCUCUUGGUCCCUCACUUGGAAGGGCUGACUGGCAAAUGUGAGAAAUCAGCUUUCCAUUAAAAUUCUUAAGGCAAUUACAA